AUGCCUGACAGCCGUCUGCUUCCACUGCGACCUGCCCAAACAAAGCAGGAUGUGAUUAUAGGCUCAAGUGAUCCUCGGCAAAGCCCGUCAUCUUCUCUCAAGCUGGUUCUAGAGCAAGCAAACGCAGGAUCGUCCAAUACUUGCCGGGCCAUUCAUGCUCUAUGGAGCCAGGAUGUGAAAGAAGUUACCUCGAGAAUGUAUCUGGUUGAGGCAAGCCUAAGUGCGUCUCAGGAUGAAAUGGCAAGGUGCGAUGAGCAGCACGAAGAGGACAUGCACAAACUUCGGACCAAGGUGUAUGUUCUGGAGGAGAAGGUUCAUGUCCUACAAGAAGACAUGCUGAAUUCCCGACAAGAGCACUAUGAUUUCAGCCAGGAAUUACGUGCCGAGUUACAUCGGACUCGAGAGCGUUUGCAUCAAAUAACAGGAGAUAUCCAAGUACUGAAAGACAAUGAGGUUCGCAUUUAUGUAUCUUCUUUCUCAUGGCACAUUAGCUACUUACACGUAGAGAGUCCAGGCUUAGUCGAAGUUGCGAAUAGCUCAGAGGGAUUCGACUCUGCCUCCAGCCCAGCAACACCGGAAGCGAUAGAUGCCUGGGGCACCAAAUAG